AUGGAACAGAUCGUUACCUCGAUUGUCUGCUUUUUAAUGAUUUUGGCCAUCGUUCGCGUGGGCAGCGUUCCUGCACCGAGUGACAUCAUAUCAGGGCGAGAGUUCCUAUCGAUACUCAUGAAACCGGCCGGCGAUGUAACGCCUGCCGCACCACAGCAACCCUCGCGCAACUUCCGUGGGUUGCGUAAGUUUCGGCAUUUCUUCUUCGAUCAGUCCAACACGGAGGAUGAUACGAUACUGCCGAUCGAGGCACUGUUCACAUCCCAGGAGGACCUGGACCGGAGCAGUACGCGGUUCUACGGCUACAGGAGAGGUGGACAGCGGGCUGGUGGUAGCAGCAGUACGAUACCGGUCACAACAGCCGUAGUUCCGGUGGAGUCUGUGAAUGAUACGGUCGAUGCGGUCACGACCUCAUCACCCUCGUGGUUCGUUGACGGCGAGCCAACGACGCCGCUGAUGGAGACGAAUGCAACCACUGGCGAGGGUACCGAGCUAACGACGCUAGAGGACAUCACCACGGUUACCGUUGGGACGUUGCAGGAUGAGGAGAAGGCAACGAGCGUGCCGAUGGUAAUGUCACCCAGCCGGUACGCCAAGCGUGCCAAAGCGAUCCAGCAGCCGGUGGAGUAUGCGAAGGUGGUAUCUCCCGUGCGUCAUUCGAAUGCGCAUCGGAGCGAGCUGUCAGUCGAGGAGCUGGGCCCGACGAUCAGCAAGGAGGAAGAACCCGACUCGGCCAAGGGAGAAUCGUCCUCGGUGGCGAAGUUGGUGGCACCACCGAUCACAUCCCAGCAGCGAUAUCGUACCCAGCGUAAGCAAGAGUCGAAAGGCGGGCCCUCCUUCCAGACGGUGAAUUAUCGUGACCGAAAACCGGCGGAUGGUUUGGCAUGGCGGGAUAUACACGGCGACACGCGGUUGGAGAGUGACCAGAAGGCGCAGUUAAAGUCAGCACGGGAUAAAAGCAUCCCGCAGAUGUACUCGGAACCGGCACGGUUUUAUUCCGAACCGGCACAGUUUUAUUCCGAGCCCGCGAAGGUGUACUCGGAGCCGGCGAAGGUGUACGGUGAGCCGGAGAAGGUAUAUUCGGAACCUGCCCGGGUAUAUUCCGAACCCGCCAAGGUGUACUCCGAACCGGCGAAAAUCUACUCCGAGCCCGCGAAAGUGUACUCGGAGCCGGCAAAGAUCUACUCACAACCUUCAAGCUACUGGCAAACGGCGUAUUCAGCACUUGAUCCGACGACGAUCGUCUCGACAACGGCGACCGCAUCCACUACAGCGGAAUCUACCACCUCGGAACCAUAUACACCUGCAACCUCCACCACGACUGUCGGAUCGGUUCGGUUAGUUUUCAACGAGCUGGACAAAAUCCCGUACGAUCAGCUGAAUGCACCGACGGUCGACGGGGAAGAUGCUGGAUCGAUCCAUAACGCGAUUGGGAAGUUUGUGCCGAAGCAAAACCACGGGUUCGACAAGGCAGAGCAGCAGGGUGAGGCGCAAGAUGACGGCUUUGCGGCUCAACCACCGGCCGGUCCCGUAGUGCAGACGUUGGCACCCGUACCGGGUUCGGGCGAUGACUCGAAGGUAGGGUACGUUGUGGAAGGACGGAACUAUCGGAAGUAUCGCGUGGAGGAGAAGACCCCGGACGGUUUCAUUGUCGGCGAGUACGGUGUACUGUCGCACAACGAUGGCAAUCUGCGUGGCGUCCGGUACACGGCUGAUUCUGACAUAAAUCCGCGCCUUAUCUACGAUGCACUGCUGAAGUUUCUUUCCUUAUGAAGCCUCACGCUCCCCAAAAGUGUGUGCAGUGCGUCUGAAGUCGAGUCAUACGUAGCCAAAUAAAUACAACAAGAAGUCGUUGUAACUUAGUGCGCGAGGCAUAAACAGUCAUUCGGGCGCGUUGAGCUGAUCUGAGCGGAUGUUUACGGAGACAUAAUCACUAUCAAAGUAGAACACAUCGAAAGAAGGAUGAAGAGAUGAAGAGAGACAUAAAGCGAUAGAAAGAGAGAGAGAGAAAUAGAGAGAGAUAGAGGGAGAGAGAGAGAGAGAGAGAGAGAGAGAGAGAGAGAGAUAGCAAACAAGUUAUACGUAAGAUAAACAUGAUAUAGAGUUGGAUGCUGUACAUGCAGAUGUAGUUGAUGCCAUAUUCCUAACCAACUCGAAAGAAGCAUCCGGGCAGUGGCGGUUCUGCUUUUAGUAGUUUAAUAUAAUAUGCACAAACAGAUUUCCGACUUUAGCGAAUUCCCAUACGUUUCCGAUGUCUACUUCUCCAAUACUAACUACACUUCCUCAGGAUAUCCUUGAUUCCAAGUUCUAAACUAAAUAUCUCGUUGAGGUAUGUUAUUAGCAGUGGAAAGUGGAUGGCCAAAUGCCGAGAGAUUACUGACGAGCGACUAGAAAGUGCUCACAGUCAACUCGGCUGAACAGGUUUA